AUGGAAUCCGAUGGAGAUUCAUCCACUCCGAAACACUCUCCAAUCAAAACUCCAAAGAACAACAAUGGAGUCCCAACCAGAACCUACCAAACUGACAUGCUCGAUCCUUUCUUUAUGCACCCCAGUGAUAACCCAGGUUUAUCCCUUGUUUCUCCUGUUCUCAACAACAACAAUUUUCAUUCUUGGUCACGAGCCAUCAAACUCGCUCUACGUUCGAAGAACAAGCUAGGUUUUAUCGAUGGCACUCUUCCUCGUCCCAAAUCUUCAGACUCCAAAUACCUCGCAUGGGAUCGAUGCAACAACAUGGUAAUGGCAUGGCUCACCAACUCAAUUGAUAAAGAAAACUCUGAAAGUGUGUUAUGGAUGGAUUCGGCAAAGGAGAUCUGGGAUGAACUCCAUGAACGCUAUCAUCAAGGUGAUAUCUUUCGUAUUUCAGAUCUUCAAGAAGAAAUUUAUGCACAUAAACAAGGUGACCAAACCAUUACACAGUAUUUCACCACUCUAAAGAAACUAUGGCAAGAAUUUGACAAUUUUCGCCCCAUUCCCAGUUGUAUCUGUGAACCUGUGUGCCACUGCUCCCUAUCUUCCACCAUUAAGACCUACCGCGAUAACGAUUACGUUAUCCGUUUUCUCAAGGGGCUCAAUGACUGCUAUGCACCAGUUCACAAACUCCUUGCUUACAUCAACAAAUCCAAUAAAAAAGGACCCUCAUCUGACCAAACCUCCAAGAAUUCAGCAUACCAGAAAUCUAAAGGAAUCAAGAUCUGCUCUUACUGCAACAAGCCAGGUCACACUAUUGAAGUUUGCUUCAAAAAGCACGGUCUUCCCCCAUAUUUGAAGAAAUCGCAGAUUGCUCAAGUUUCGACAGAAGACUCCACAACUGACAAACCAGAUGACACGGAUCAAUGCUCUAAUCAGUCCGUUCUGACAGUUGAUCAACAACGUGCUCUUCUUGCCCUUCUUCAACAAAAUGAUUCAUCCAACUCUAUUACAGUGCAACACCUUCAAACUUCACACUCUGGUAUGAUCCCUAUCAUUAUAUCUAAUACUAAAAUAGGAUUUUCUGACUGGUUAUUAGAUACGGGUGCCACAGAUCAUGUAUGCCACUCCUUGUCCAUGUUUAAAACCAUAAAUACUAUUUCUCCCAUAAACAUUAAACUCCCUAAUGGAGCUAUUGUCACUACUAACAAAUUUGGUUCUGUUUAUUUUUCUGAUGUUUUGCACAUACACGAUGUUCUCUAUAUUCCUACCUUCUUUACUAAUAUCAUUUCUGUCUCCAAGCUAUGCCACUCUUUAGAUUGCACUCUUACUUUCACAUCCACUGCUUGCAUCAUACAGGGGAACCUUACCCUAAUGAAGAUUGGUGCAGCUAGGAUCCACCAAGGCCUUUACUCACUGAUAUUACCUGCUGCACACACCUCUAUUCCCCAAUAUGAUGUUCCCCAUCCCCAUAUCAACAUAUUACCUAGUAAACUUCUUAAAUAUGAUUGCCCUUAUAAAUUACUUUACAAUGUUAUUCCUGAUUAUAUGCACAUGAAAAUUUUUGGUUCGCUUGUUUAUGCCUGUACCAAGCUCGUUUCUAGAAGCAAACUGGAUUCUAGAUCCAGAAAAUGUGUUUUUCUUGGAUUUCAAAAUGGUGUAAAAGGUUGCCUCCUAUAUGACUUAAAUAACAAAAACAUUUUCAUCUCUCGUGAUGUGAUCCACUUUGAAAACAUCUUUCCUUUCACUACCCUUCAAAACACUGAAUCCAAUUCACCUCAACCUAUUUACCAUUCUCCAAAUACUGCUCACACUGACUACAUAAUACCAACCCCUAAUACCUCAUAUAUUCCCUCACCAACAAACCAUUUCCCUACUGACAAUGUUGUCCAAACUCCACCAUCCCUUCAACCUCAAUCUAAUGCCACCACCUCUCCACCACCCUUACCUCCUCCACCUACUACAAUAAGACAAUCUUCUAGACACUCUAAACCUCCCUCUUACCUUAGAGAUUAUCACCGUGCUCUUCUAACAGGUACUCCUUUUUCCAACUCUCAUCUACAAUCAGGUAAUACUCCUUACCCUAUAUCUCAUUUCAUUGACUAUACUAAAUUAUCACCAUCUCACCGUAUUUUUAAUUUAAAUAUCUCCACUGUGACUGAACCAACCACAUAUGCCACUGCCAUUCUUUACCCAAACUGGCAGCAAGCCAUACAAAAUGAGUUACAGUCCUUAAAAGACACUAAGACUUGGGUUCUUACUCCUCUUCCACACAACAAAAAGGCUAUUGGUUGUAAGUGGGUAUUUAAACACAAGUACAACCCUAAUGGCACAAUUGAGUGGUACAAAGCCCGCCUCGUUGCCAAAGGAUUCAACCAAACCGAAGGAUUAGAUUAUCUUGAAACCUUUAGUCCUGUCAUUAAAAUGACAACUAUUAGGAUUUUAUUAUCUAUUGCCUCUUCCCUUAAAUGA